UUGCCUGUUGUUCAGUUAGGAGCUGAAAACGCCGACAGUAUCGGCGCCGUGCUGAACAGUAAAGAUGAGCAGCGGGAGAUCGCUGAAACCAGAGAGACGUGUAGGGCUGCUUAUGAUACUUCCGCACCAAAUGCAAAACGCAAAUACCCAGACGAGGGAGAAGCUGAUGAGGAAGAGAUUGAAGAAUAUAAGGAUGAAGUAGAGCUGCAGCAAGAUGAAGAGAAUCUGCCUUAUGAAGAAGAGAUUUACAAAGAUUCCAGUACCUUUCUUAAGGGUACUCAGAGCUUAAAUCCACACAAUGAUUACUGUCAGCACUUUGUGGAUACGGGACACAGACCCCAGAACUUCAUCAGAGAUGUUGGCUUAGCAGAUAGGUUUGAAGAAUAUCCAAAACUUAGAGAGCUCAUCAGAUUGAAGGAUGAGCUGAUAUCUAAAUCUAACACUCCUCCCAUGUACUUACAAGCGGACUUGGAAGCUUUUGAUAUUAGGGAACUGAAGUCCAAAUUUGAUGUGAUUCUCCUGGAACCACCUCUGGAAGAAUACUACCGAGAGACUGGCAUUACUGCCAAUGAAAAAUGCUGGACCUGGGAUGAUAUCAUGAAAUUGGAAAUUGAAGAAAUUGCAGCCCCAAGGUCAUUUGUGUUUCUAUGGUGCGGUUCAGGAGAGGGUCUGGAUCUUGGCCGAGUGUGUCUACGCAAGUGGGGUUACAGAAGAUGUGAGGAUAUUUGUUGGAUUAAAACAAAUAAGAACAAUCCUGGAAAGACCAAGACUCUAGACCCUAAGGCUGUUUUCCAAAGAACCAAGGAGCACUGCCUCAUGGGCAUUAAAGGAACUGUGCGUCGCAGUACAGAUGGUGACUUCAUCCAUGCUAACGUUGAUAUUGACCUAAUCAUCACAGAAGAGCCUGAAAUUGGAAACAUAGAAAAACCUGUAGAGAUUUUUCACAUCAUCGAGCAUUUCUGCCUUGGACGACGACGUCUUCAUCUUUUUGGAAGGGACAGUACAAUUCGACCAGGUUGGCUGACUGUAGGACCCACCCUCACAAACAGCAAUUUCAAUGCAGAAACGUAUUCUUCGUACUUCACAGCUCCAAAUUCCCACCUGACCGGCUGUACCGAAGAGAUUGAGAGACUUCGGCCCAAGUCACCACCACCUAAGUCCAAGUCUGACCGGGGAGGUGGUGCUCCGAGGGGAGGAGGAAGAGGAGGGACUUCAGCAGGCCGAGGAGAAAGGGGCAGAGAGAGAAACAGAACUAACUUUCGGGGUGAGAGGGGUGGCUUCCGAGGGGGACGUGGAGGUACCCAUAGAGGAGGCUUCCCCACCCGCUGAUGAUUGCUAAGUAAUUGCUUCUUCUCCUGGUCCUAUGCCUCCUCUUUGAAUCUUUUUCUUAGUCUUUUUUUUUUUUCUAAAGCGAAUUAUUCUGGGGACUCAAGCUAGAUAACUUUUUAAAUUGUUUUUGGUGCAAGCAGUUACAGAUAGUCUGCCUUCCAGUGACCGGCCUGGCACAUCACCUCACCUGGCAGGUAGGUCCUGCACCUGACAGCACUAAACU